AUGGCGUAUAAUGGAAGAAUAUGGCUCUUGUGGAAACAAAGUAUACAAUUGCAGGCGAUUUCUAUUACUGAACAGCUGAUUCAUUGUAAGGUGGAGAAUAAUGCACAUUUCUCUGCCUUUCUAACAGUAGUUUAUGCAAAAAAUGAGGCCCACCAACGACAAUCCCUGUGGACAGACUUAAAUCAGAUUGGGAGUAGCACUCGAGGAGCUUGGCUCAUUGCUGGGGAUUUCAAUACCAUGCUCUCAUCUGAUGACAGGCUAAGGUCCCCUGUUUUACCUGUUGAAACCCAGGAUUUCAGAGAUUGUGUAUAUCAGCUGCAGUUAACCCCAUUAAAGUCAAAGGGAUGGCACUUUACCUUCUGUAACAAACAACAGGCUACAAGUAGGGUCUACUCUAAAAUUGACUGGGCUUUUGGUAAUAUCCAAUGGCUUCAAUCUUAUGGCCAUGUGGAAGCUGACUUCCUAAACCUAGGAAUGUCAGAUAAUUCACCUAUUUUGAUACAAUAUUGGACUCAAAUUCAAACACACCCCAAGCCUUUCAAGCUAUUCACCACAGUUCUAAACCAUCCAGAUUUCCCUGGAAUCCUUGCAACUGCUUGGGGUCUGCCUGUUAGGGGAACGAAAAUAUAUAUCUUGUGGAGAAAAUUUAUGUUAUUGAAAGAGAAUCUGAAAGGACUAAAUUCCUACCUAGCUUCAUACAGUCAAAGGCUCCAACAAGCUAGACAAUCACUUGAAAUCACUCAAGCUUCACUGAGUGUUCAACCUAUGAAUCAGGCCCUGAUAGACCAGGAAAGGAUUACUCUAAUGGAAAUUGCAAAGUGGAGUAAGGUGGAAGAGCUAGCCCUACGACAGAAAUCAAGAGCUAUAUGGAUCAAAUGUGGUGAUUCUAACACUAAAUAUUUUCAUGCUCAAUACAAUAUCAGGGCUAGUAGAAACACUAUCAAUUUUGUGUAUAAUGACAUUGGCACAAAAGUGACUGACCCUACCCAAGUUGAGGCUGAAUUUAUCUCUUUCUUUACCAAGCUAAUGGGUACUGAUACUGUUGUAAUGCCCUAUCCCAACUCAGAAAUUAUUAGAAAGGGGCCAUGCCACUCUCACCAACAGAAAUGUGACCUGAUCAGAGCUGUGUCAGAGGUGGAAAUCUUAGAUACAAUAAAAGGUAUGCCUUCUGAUAAAUCUCCUGGUAUAGAUGGUUAUCCCAUUGAGUUUUUCAAUAGAAAUUGGGAUGUGGUAAAAGGGGAUGUACUAGGGGCAGUGGCAGAGUUCUUCCAGUCUGGUAAAAUGCCUAAAUCUUUUAGUGGCACUGCAGUCACCUUGAUUCCAAAGAUUUCUAACCCUACCUUAGUCAAGGAUUACAGACCUAUUGCCUGCUGCACUACCUUCUAUAAAAUUAUCACUAAAGUAUUGACUAAUAGGAUUAAAACAGUUAUUGCUGAUAUUCUAUCCAUCAAACUGGUUCAAAAAGCUUUUAAUGGGUUCUCAGCUGCUUCAGGACUUCAUGCCAAUGUGGAUAAAAGCUCCAUAUACUUAUCAGGAGUAAAACCAGAGCUUAAACAGGAAAUUCUGCGCACUCUUAGAUUGCAGUUAAUUAAAUCAGUUUUAUUUGGGGUUCAAACAUAUUGGGCCCAGAUCUUUAUAUUGCCUAAAAGAGUUAUGAAGCUGGUUGAUGCAGUAUGCAGAUCCUUUUUAUGGUCUGGUAAAGGAGAGGUCACAAAGAAAGAACUUGUUUCAUGGGCAAGAAUCUGCCUUCCAAAGUCAGCUGGUGGACAAAAUGUGAUGAAUAUAUGUCUAUGGAACAAAGCAGCAGUGAUUAAGCAGUUAUGGGCAAUUGUUGAUAAAAAAGACAGUUUAUGGAUCAGAUGGGUAAAUAUUUAUUACUUGAAAAAUGACUCUGUUGAUACUUGCAAUAUCCCGGGUAAUGCUACUUGGGUCAUAAGGAAGGUGAUAGAGACAAGAAAAUUCAUUCUCCAAACUAAUCUACUACAGGGAGACUUCAAUGCUCGACUCGCCUAUAUGGUCAAGAACAACAAGUUUUCCAUUAAAAGCAUGUAUGUUUCUCUAAUUCCAAUCCACCCCAAAGUCCCAUGGAAGUCCCUCACUAUGCAGCCUAGCAUACACCCAAGACAAAGAUUCAUACUAUGGCUGGCAGUGCAUAAGAGACUGGCAACAGCAGAAAGGUUGCGCAAGUUCAGAAUCAAGGUGCCUUUAAACUGUGUCUAUUGUAACUCUCCGGUGGAGUCUUUUGACCAUUUGUUCUUCUCUUGUGUAAUCACUAACGCAUUAUGGCAGAGACUCCUAGUAUGGCUUGGCUUUCAGAGAGCCAUAGGGAAUUGGCAAGAUGAAUUACAAUGGGUGUGCAGCUAG